CACAACCUCUGGUGAGUGAGAAGGUGCACAAAUUGCAACAGCUUGCAGUCUUCAAAAUUGUGUUUCCUUCUUACAAAGGCAAAUAAUACUUACUUUAAGAUAAAUAUAAGCCUUAUAGUGCAUUAUAUACACACAUAUAUUUACACGAAAAUAGUUAAAAGUGAGUGUUUACAACGGAAAUAUUUCUUAUAAUAUAUGUAUUUGGCAGUAAGUGUAUUGCUCUGAUGUAAUUGUUGCUAUCCAUAUUCUACCAAAAUUUACUUCGCGGUUUUAUGUAAUAAUGUGAGGUUGGCGAUUUCCGAUAAAUGGUGUAAUAUAUUUUGUUUUUAGUCAACUCUUUGCACAUACCAAAGUAUGUUAGAUAUGUCGUAUUAGAGGUCAAAAAUAGCCGUUAACAAUUGUCAUGACAGUUCCAUGUGAACAGAAUGUACGUAAAAAUAUAUGUAUAUAUGUACAUAAAUGCAUACGCUACUGACAUACCCACAUUUUUACGCAUAGAUUUUAUACUACAAGCAUACCGUGUGAGAAUAUCUAUACGCCUACAUAUGUAUGUAUGUAUGUCGGUGUGAAUUGUACAUUUAUUAAAUGCGUGAAGUGAUUGCCGCGAGUUCUGAGUGUUUCUAUUUAAUACACAAUACUCUCUGAGAAAUACAAAUGAUAUGACAUAAAUAUGUAUUUACCGAUGAGAAUUUUUGACUAAGCUUUACUCUACAAGAGUGGUUUUGGUUCGCAUACAUACAUAAAUAUGAUUAAUAUGAUAUUAAAAUAAAUUGAUCUCGCGCCAAAAAACUGGUUCUUAUACAAAGGAAGGAACCAAAAGAGUUUUUGUCAGUCGAAAUAUAUUAUUGCAUAAAGUCGUUUGUAUAUUUGAAAAUUUAGUGAAAUACUUAAAACUUGUAUCACAUGGUCAUUGUUUGUUUAAUGCGUGUAAUAACAAUAAUAUAUUAAGUCAUUCAAAAGAUAAUUAUUUCUAUUAAAUUUGAACAAAAAGCGGUUGCAUUUCAGCUGGAAAAAAUCAUGACAUCACGCUUUUAUAAAUUCGGAGUGACUGCCAUGAGUGCAUGCAUCGGUUCACUUGCUGCCACUUGGGUUUGCACAGACAGAAAUAAUUCUCCUUAUGUGGUUCAUAAUGAAAUUGUACGACCACCAAAGAGAAAGCGUACUUUACCUCCACGACCAGAUCAAAUGAAAAGUCUUCAGAGUGGAGAGGAAUACGAUGUCUUAAUAAUAGGAGGAGGAGCAACAGGGGCUGGCUGUGCAUUGGAUGCAGUUACUAGAGGGUUAAAAACGGCUCUUGUUGAAGCGGACGAUUUUGCAAGCGGAACAUCUUCUCGUUCUACAAAACUCAUUCAUGGAGGUGUUCGUUACUUACAGAAGGCUAUACUUGGGCUUGACUUUGAACAGUAUAGAAUGGUAAAAGAAGCUCUUCAAGAACGGGCAUCUAUGCUAGAAUCAGCUCCGCAUCUUGCUCAUCCUUUACCAAUAAUGCUGCCUGUGUAUCAAUGGUGGCAGGUGCCUUACUUUUGGGUUGGCAUCAAGUGUUAUGAUCUUGUGGCUGGUGAUAGAAAUGUCAAAAGUUCAUACUACCUUUCAAAAAAAGAUGCACUAGAACUUUUCCCUAUGCUAAAGAAAGAUAAACUAUGUGGCGCUAUUGUAUAUUAUGAUGGUCAACAAGAUGAUGCAAGAAUGUGCUUAGCUGUAGCUUUAACUGCCGCACGACAUGGGGCAACUGUUUGCAAUCAUGUUGAAGUUAAAGAACUUCUAAAGAAGGAUGAAAAUGGUAAAAAAGUGCUAUGUGGUGCAAAGGUCAAAGACCAUAUAUCUGGAAGAGAAUUUACAGUUAAGGCUAAGUGCAUUAUUAACGCAACUGGACCAUUCACUGAUUUCAUACGGAAAAUGGACGAUCCGAAUGUAAAAACAAUUUGCUGUCCAAGUUCAGGUGUACAUAUUGUACUUCCUGGAUAUUACAGCCCCGAUCAAAUGGGACUUUUAGAUCCUUCCACUUCGGACGGGCGUGUCAUUUUUUUCCUACCAUGGCAAAGACAAACCAUCGCUGGUACUACAGAUUUGCCUUGUGAUAUAACGCACAAUCCAAGCCCAACAGAAGACGAAAUUCAAUUUAUCCUGAAUGAAAUAAAAAAUUAUUUAAAUACGGAUGUUGAGGUUCGUCGUGGUGACGUUUUGUCGGCUUGGAGUGGUAUUAGGCCACUUGUCUCGGACCCAAACAAAGAAGAUACGCAAUCGUUGGCUAGAAAUCAUAUUGUUCAUGUGAGUCCAUCGAAUUUAGUUACAAUUGCAGGGGGUAAAUGGACUACAUACCGAGCUAUGGCAGAACAUACCAUUGAUGCGGCAAUCAAAGCUUGCAAUUUGAAGCCUGAACGACCAGAUGCCGUAACAUCGUACUUGAAAAUCGAAGGCGGACAGGGCUGGACACCAACUAUGUAUAUUCGUUUAGUACAAGACUUUGGUUUGGAAUGCGAAGUAGCCCAACAUUUAGCAAAGUCUUAUGGUGACAGAGCAUUUGCUGUUUCGAAAAUGGCAUCAUUAACUGGAAAACGUUGGCCAAUCAUUGGAAAUCGUAUUCAUCCAGAAUUCCCAUAUAUUGACGCUGAAAUACGUUAUGGAGUUCGCGAAUAUGCCUGCACUGCAGUAGAUAUGAUUGCACGACGACUACGUUUAGCGUUUUUAAACGUACAGGCGGCUUCAGAAGCACUACCUGUCAUUGUUGAUUUAAUGGGUGAAGAACUUCACUGGUCGAAAGACGAAAAGGAGAAACAAAUAAAGCUGGCUAACGAGUUUUUAGCUCAUGAAAUGGGUCAAAUGGUAAAUAGAACAUCAAAGGAAAGAAUACCAAUAAAACUGUCCAAAGACGAAAUUCAAACGUAUGUUAAACGCUUCCAACUCAUUGAUAAGGAUAAGAAAGGCUAUGUUUCAAUCAAUGAUAUUCGUCGGGCUCUUAAGAGCUUCGGAGAUGCUGAUGUUUCGGGAGAACAACUUCAUGAGAUACUUAGAGAGAUUGAUACUAAUAUGAAUGGACAAGUUGAACUUGAUGAAUAUUUACAGAUGAUGUCGGCCAUAAAAACUGGAGAUGUUGCAUACUCACGUUUUGCUAGAAUGGCUGAAUUGGAAGAACAAAAGCAUGAGGCUGCUCAGCUUAAGCAAAACAUUAGCGUUGAUCGUUCAGGUGGUGGAUUAUAAAAGACAUAUUCUACGCUUAAAAUGUUUUGAAUUUAUCCAAUUUGUUUAUUAAAUGUUAAUCGAUAAAAA